AUGUCUGGCGUUGAGGUUGUCGCGGCUGUCAGCGCAAUCGUCUCAGCCUUCCACGCCGGCUCGGAACUGCUCAAGCACAUCAAGGCCAAGCGCCGCAAAGCCCGUGCCCAGGCUCAACAAGAGUUCGAGGAGAAGCAGUUGCAAGACUCGCUUGUAUCGGGCGAACAGCAGAUAGGCUCCCGAUAUGCGCAGGACAUGAGGGAGAUGGGCGACCUCGUGCGUGUCGGUGACUCCAUUGCUCGAGAUCGCCUCCUACACAUUGCCGUGAUGCUGCAGAUGGAGAUCAUCAAGAGCCUCCAGAUGGCUGCGAAGCACGAGACGGCCAUAUUGAACCUGCAAAUACUGCAUGAGGCAUCCAUCAUGAAUCGCAAAGAUACUUUUGUGACUUUGAAUGAGAUGAAACAGAGACUCAUCAUGACACGGCCCAUGACCCGCCAGAUCGAGGACGACUCCGGUCAGCGAUCCUCGGUUGCGACGCUACCAUCCUCACGGUCAAGCACCUUUGAUUCCUACAACACUGGACACGUACCAGCCGCUGUCACGCUUGGCCCACAAGGAGAGUCCAACGAGUCAAGAUCCGGUCUCGCUCGAUACUUCCAGAUGAAACGCAACAGCAGCACGUCCGCAAAGUCCGCGUCUACUGCAAACACAUCGACGGAGAAGCCUAACAUCAAUUACAGUGCCGCGCUUGAGGAGCUAGUCAGGACCCGAGGUGAAGACCGUGCGACAAUCAUGAGAGACAUUGACGAGAUCAUGGUCUCCUACAAAGGUCUCGAUAUAGGACAAGGGACGCCACAUGAGCCGUGGGGUCAGAACCAGCUCCCCAAAUCCUUUGGACGAAGAGAUACGUGGACCGUAUUGAACGGCGACGGUUCUCCAAGACAAGACACCUUCGCUCAAAAUUGGGAUCCCAUGCAGACCGUCAAUCACACAUUGCCACCAUCGCAAGCUUACCCAGGUCCCAACGCACAGAACCAUGCCAUGUUCAACCAGGACGUCUUCCCUGGUCAUCAGCAGCACCCAUCGUAUGCAGCCCCCAGCCCAUACCCUCACUACCAGACUCAGACAUCCCAUCGAUUCUCGGACUCAUCAACGUCAAGUGCUCCAUUCUCCGAAAGAUCGUGGGAGCGCAACGGCUCGGAUUCCUCGCGCAGCUCGUGCGCCCCAAGCGACCCACGUCUUUCGGUUCAAUCACACCUAUUCAACAAGUCGGCAUGCUCGCCAUCGACUUCUCCGAACGCGACAUUUCAUGAUCACCAUGGCCAGCGGUUAGCGCUUCCCACAUCCUACGCACCAACAGACGAGACGUACACAUCCCCAAUUGCGCCCCUUGCUGUCCCACAAAGAAGUCCAUUGCGUGCGUCCUCGCACAAUGGAGCAUCUGCCAACGCACUAGUAGCUUCUCCCAACACGGCCAGCUCACCUUCGCAAAGUUCGUAUACAACAGACCAACAGCGCAGUACGAGAGUCCCUGAUCCAAUUGCACCCUUCGCCUCGCCGCCGGACUCAGCUGCACCAAAAGAAGAGAACCGAACGGAUCCAAGCCCUUCGCGUCCAAACCUCGUCUCUCCCGAUGUACGCGGCCCUCCAAGCUCGCACAGUAGCUCGAGUGGACACACUGUGGUCUUUGGCGUACCUUCAGCGCCAUGGCACAGAGCUGUGUCUGCCCCUAUCGUCGAUCGUAUUCGACAGCCUUCCAUAGCAUCGACCGAUAGCAGCAGUUCAGGCUCUAUUGGUGUCAUCCCACGACCUCCCGGGGCCAUACUUUCCUCGACCAUACAAAGUCCCAAGCCUGGCCAGGAGCGCAUGAUGGGCGGUCGUCCUUGCAGAGACAACAACUACUGGGGCUUUUGCAAGGGCGCCUGGGAUGUCCGUGAAGACGUCAAGAAAGGCCUAGCCGUCCGCAACAUGCCCUCGGGCAUGUACAAUACCAAGGAGGUCUGGGAGUGCAGACAGUGCAACUUCCGCGGUAACACGUACACUUUCAUGCAUCCCGGCAAGAAGGGCAAGAAAGAGACAGUGGUGGACCCCAACAUACACACGUCCAAGUCAGGCAUCCGCUACCGCUGGAUUUUCCUCGCGAAGAGCCACGUCAAGAAGAAGACGCCCGACAGCGCAAGCGAGGAGUGCAACUACGGCUGCGUCAUCUGCAGCGUCGAGCUGAAGGUCACCAGCAUCUUUGGCAACUUGGAUACGCUCAUGUACCACUUGCUGGAGCAUGUCAGCGACAUGACGCAGACGACCAUGAAGCAGACGAGAUGCAUUGUGGGUCGGACUGCAGGCGCCGAAGAGGACUGGGACAUCAACAUGCCGCUUUUUGCGGAUGUCAGUGAGGUGGAGGGGUGA